AUCGAAGUUGGCGAGGUAUCUAAUAGCACGGAUAUCUAACAUGGGCUUGGUCUAAUACUGAUGUUCUCUCAGUUUAACUUUGUCUCAGAAAAUCUCAGGUUCUGAGCUCCUGAUCUGCUGAAUGCGUUCUCACUUUGUGGAAAUCAGUUCUUGGGUUUGCAGAUUCUGUGGAAGUGUGAACUGGGAUUUUUUUGAACAUAAAAAAUCUUGUUGUAGAGCUCAAAAUCAAGUUUCUGAAGAAUAUAGGUUUUGAUUUCUAUCACGGGCUACGUUCAGUUUGGAUAGGUAUUUCUUUCCUGAAUAUGAAAACUGGAAUUCCAACUAUAAAAGAAGCAUUUUUGUUGAUGCAUCUGGUCAAGUUGUGUUAAGACAUCGAGAUUUCUGUGGUACUUUUUUUCUGAUCCUGGAGAAAUAGGUUGCCACAUACAAGAAUAUUUAUUUAUGUCGGAUUUGCCGUAAGUUCAGUGAACAUUUGCGGAUGAUCAUGGAGAAGCAGAGCAGCUUUAAGGGCGUUAAAAUGGAGAAACAACUGAGUUUUCGCGGGGUAGAUGAAAAGCAGGCUCAUUCUCGGGGGGCAAUGGAAAAACAGCAGAGUUUUAGAGGGGUUAUGGAGAAACAGAAAAGCUUUCGGGGAUUUAUGGAGAAACAGAAGAGCUUUCGGAUAGUGAUGGAGAAGCAGCUGAGUUUCAUAAAUGGUGAGAGGAAGAAGACCAGGGACUCUCCGGGAAAAAGAGGCGAUUCGCCCCUUCAUUUGGCGGCUCGGGCGGGGAACUUAGGUAGAGUGAGAGAGAUUCUUCAGAAUUGUGAUGGUAACGAGGCAAAGGAUUUGUUGGCAAAGCAGAACCAGGAGGGGGAGACUCCCCUUUAUGUUGCGGCAGAGAAUGGGCAUGCUUCAAUUGCUGGUGAGAUGUUGACACAUUUGGACCUGCAAACUGCAUCUAUCACUGCAAGGAACGGCUAUGAUCCAUUCCAUGUUGCCACAAAGCUGGGUCAUCUUGAUGUGUUGAAGGAACUUCUGCACAUAUUCCCCAACUUGGCCAUGACUACAGAUCUCUCCAAUUCAACUGCCUUACACACAGCUGCUACUCAGGGGCACAUCGAGAUAGUCAACCUUCUUUUGGAAACUGACGCCAACCUUGUUAAGAUAGCUAAAAAUAAUGGUAAGACUGUACUUCAUUCGGCAGCCAGGAUGGGACGCUUGGAGGUUGUGAAAUCUCUACUAAACAAAGAUCCAAGUACUGGUUUUAGGACUGAUAAGAAAGGCCAAACUGCCUUGCACAUGGCUGUGAAAGGGCAAAAUGAGGAGAUUGUGCUGGAAUUGAUAAAGCCUGACCCAUCAGUUUUGAGUUUGGAGGAUAAUAAGGGAAACACAGCGUUGCAUAUUGCCACAAAUAAGGGCCGUGUUCAGAAUGUACGUUGUUUGUUAUCAGUUGAGGGUAUUAAUAUCAAUUCAAUGAACAAGGCUGGAGAGACUCCACUUGAUAUUGCUGAAAAAUAUAAAACGGCAGAACUUGUCUCCAUUUUAAGGGAAGCAGGAGCCACCAAUUCUAAGGACCAAGGAAAACCUCCAAGUGCAGCAAAGCAACUUAAGCAGACUGUCAGUGACAUAAAGCACGAUGUCCAGUCACAACUUCAACAGACCCAUCAAACUGGCGUCAGGGUCCAAAAAAUUGCAAAGAGGCUAAAAAAGCUUCACAUUAGCGGUCUUAACAAUGCUAUAAACUCUGCAACCAUUGUUGCUGUUCUCAUAGCUACUGUUGCUUUUGCAGCCAUCUUUACUGUACCUGGCCAGUAUAUUGAGGAGAAAACAAAGGAUGCCUCACUUGGACAAGCCCAUAUAGCCAAAAAAGCGGCUUUCCUAGUCUUCUUUGUGUUUGAUAGCCUGGCAUUAUUUAUCUCCCUGGCUGUUGUUGUAGUCCAGACAUCUGUGGUUGUGAUAGAACCAAAGGCGAAGAGGCAGCUUGUAUUUGUGAUUAACAAGCUAAUGUGGCUGGCUUGUCUCUUCAUUUCAGCUGCCUUCAUUUCUCUGACAUUUGUAGUGGUUGGCUCAGAUGGCCGAUGGCUUGCUGUGUGUGCUACAGUAAUAGGUUGUACAAUCAUGCUCACGACCAUUGGCUCAAUGUGCUAUUGUGUUAUCUUACAUAGAAUGGAGGAGAAAAAAUUGAGGAACAUAAGGAAAGCUGAGAGCCGAUCUCGUUCAUUCUCUAUGGCAUCAGAACCUGAGAUUCUGAACAGUGAAUAUAAGAGGAUGUACGCACUCUGAGGUCAGUGGAGGAGAAAUAUAGCACAGAAGUUGGAAGGAUUGGGUGGGCUAAUAUUCCUCAAUUUAUAUCUUAACACAAUCAUUGUUCCUCCUGGUAUAGUAACCAAUCAUAUGAAUCUUAUUAUUGUAGGACCCCGAGCUGAGGGUUCCUUAGCGUAUAUGAAGAUAUGGAACCAAACAAGUACCUGGCAUCAGCAAACCCAGGGGAGAAGGUAUUGAGGCCGUUCAACUUGUUAUUUCGUGCUUGCUUUGCAUCUUCACAUGAUCACAUGAAAACUUCAUAUUUCCUCUCCUGAUGGGUCCUCUACGGCAUUGACAGUGCCUUGAUUUUAGAUAUGUAAUCAACGUAUAUCUUAGAGAUCCUGAUAGAAUUUGUAAGAAGCUAAAUAGCAGCCUGAGGUGCAAACAACUAAUGCCUACUCAACAAUCUGCUUUUGAGUUUAUACAUAAUCUAUUUAUGUGCA